AUGCGUGAGAAGAAGAAGCGUGGCAAAGCGUCAAGAAAAGACCUGGCCGAGAGAGCGGCUGCACAGGCGGCUGCUGGAAAUCCAAAUCAAAACGGUGAUAUAUCUGACGGGAAAGAAUCCAGUAAUUCUCCGGCCACAGACGACAGAGCAGAUGGUCUUGUGGAAAACACGAGGAGCAACUCCAUGUCCAGCAGUGGUUUGGCUACCGUCCAUGAGAGUCACCUGGCCGGCAACAGUGGCAUUGAUCCGGAAUUUCAUCACGGACAACCGGCGGCAACUCCUGGACAGUUUGGUGAGCUUUCUGACCAGUCUCACAUGCCGCCACCAAUUCAAAUUCCUCCGGAGAGCAUAAGCGGUAGUCGUUCGAUGAGCAUCAGCGGAUACGGAGGGCUCUCGACUAGUUAUGAUCGGCAGAGUCUUGGAAGCGAUGACCUGAUGGCCAGUAAUCAAGCGUACAACCAUCCUCACCAGAACAACAUUCAUGGCUAUUCGGACAUGUCGUUUGGUAUGUUGGGGCAAAGCCCGACUGAUUUCAACAACUCGGCUGGGUUUCGACUUAGCAAUAGUCCCCUUGGAGCCUAUCCAGGACUCGCAACGGCAACAUCACCAGGAUGGGCCAUGCCAAUAUCUUCGCCACCCGGACAAUUUCAAACACAGAUGCAGCACGCCAACUACGGACAGUCUGCGUUGCGAUAUCCGGUUUUAGAGCCCCUUCUUCCUCACAUUGCCAACAUUAUUCCGAUACCAUUGGCGUGUGACUUGCUGGAUAUGUACUUCGCGUCGUCCUCUUCGGCAGUUAUGCACCCCAUGUCUCCGUAUGUUCUCGGGUCGGUAUUUCGAAAGCGAGCUUUUUUUCAUCCUACAAAACCGCGAAAAUGUCAGCCUGCGUUACUAGCAAGUAUGCUGUGGGUAGCAGCUCAAACAAGCGAGGCUUCUCUGCUCACCAGCGUGCCGUCCGCCAGGGGCAAGAUCUGCCAGAAAUUGCUGGAGUUGACUGUUGGGUUAUUAAAACCGUUAAUCCACAGUUCGUCAGUUGAAGCCUCUUCGAAUGCGAAUCAAACGGUCGGAGCCGUUGCUCUUGGCGGCCUUGGGGUGGCACUACCUGGGUCUAUCAGCAUAGAUGCCGCGCUAAGUGGUGAAUCCGGUGCCUUUGGAGCCUCGGGCCAACUCGACGACCUUGUGACGUAUAUCCAUUUGGCAACAGUGGUAUCUGCCAGUGAGUACAAAGGAGCCAGUCUGCGGUGGUGGAAUGUGGCCUGGUCCAUGGCACGAGAGUUAAAGCUCGGUCGAGAGCUGCCCCCUUCCGAGCCACGAUCAACUUUCGAACAAGGCGAGAUGGAAACAGAGGGACUAGACGAGCAUGACAAACUCCGAAACAGCCCUGGCUUUGUCACCGAAGAAGAGAGGGAAGAAAGACGGCGAAUCUGGUGGCUCGUGUACACCGUGGAUCGACAUCUGGCCCUCUGUUACAACAGACCUUUGUUUCUUCUCGACGUAGAAUGCGAGGGACUCAAACAACCGCUAGACGAUGCAGCCUGGCAGAGUGGAGACUUUAAAAACUAUCCAGCCGACUCGACUAUGCUCGGAAUGCUCCCCGAGAACGACGAGGGCUCUUGCGGGCCACAGUUUGAAUGCAGAGGAUUCAGCAUAUUUGGCUACUUUCUCCCGUUGAUGACCAUUCUCGGCGAAAUUGUCGAUUUACACCACGCCCGAAACCAUCCACGAUUCGGUUCCGCCUUUAGAGCCUCUCGAGAAUGGAGCAACCAAGUUUCCGAAGUGCGGCGACACCUUGAGGCUUACGAGGAAAGUCUCAAACGAUUCGAAUCACGCAACUCGUCAGCCCAAAACUCCGAUGGCCACAAGGACGAAACCAGCAUGCACGAAAACCACAACGAAGCACAGCGAGCUCUCGAAUCAAAUAGCAGCCCAUCCGCGCACUCCGUCCACACAACAGCCUCCAGCCGCGUAACAGAAGCAGAAGUGCAAACUCGAACCGUCCUCGCCUACGGAACACAUGUAAUGCACGUCCUACACAUCCUCCUUGAGGGAAAGUGGGAUCCCGUGAGCCUCCUAGACGACGAGGACCUGUGGAUCUCAUCCUCAGAUUUUGUGACGGCCUCUGGACACGCUGUAGCCGCAGCAGAGGCCAUCAAUCAGAUUUUAGAGUACGAUCCGGGCCUGGAAUUCAUGCCAUUCUUCUUUGGGGUCUAUCUCCUCCAGGGCUCGUUUUUGCUGCUCCUCAUAGCAGACAAGCUGCAGGUGGAGGCUUCACCAAACGUGGUACGGGCGUGCGAGACUAUCGUCCGGGCACAUGAAGCGUGUGUUGUGACGCUGAGUACAGAAUACCAGCGGAAAUUUAGUAAAGUGAUGCGAGGUGCCUUGGCACUCGUUCGAGGACGCGUCCCCGAGGAUCUAGGCGACCAGCUACAACGACGACGAGAAUUACUAGGGCUAUACCGAUGGACAGGAGAUGGAACUGGGUUGGCGCUAUGA